GUUCAACUUCUUCAACACACACGGCCUAUUCUUCCAUUCUCCAGCUUAGGUACCUUCAUUCCAUGGCCCUGCGCUGCAUACGACACUAUUGAAAUCACAUAAACGACGACAACAUCAACAUGAGUCAAAACAUAUCUGGCCAAGCUCCCCAGGGAGUAGGCUGGUACAGUCUUCCUCCUGAGCUUCGCUUCAUGAUCUACAGGUCGACUUGGGAAGCGCGAAAGAUUACAGUGCACUCGGUAUCGCCCUCGGUGUUUUUUCGCGUGGACGAAAACCUCAAACACGUAGUUCAUGGCACUCCCACGCUACCAGUUACCGCACAUCUCAACGAUGAGGCCCGCCAGGAAACGCUUCGCCAUUACCACCCCAUUGUUGGAGACCUCGACUGCCCGAGCUACAAGGACUGGAACCUUGGCCCCUGCAUGUAUUUUAACCCCUCUCUGGAUGUCGUCUUUUUUUCUUGGAUUCCAGUCCUGUGGAACAUCCCGCAACCCCCUCCCGCGAGUAUCCGGCGGCUGCUCGAUAUCCUACUCGUGGCAGAACACAUCGUUCCGGAACGUAUGGACGACUUUCUCAUGCUACAAACUGCCUGUCUGAAGCUGGAUACGCCCGUUCUCGAGAACAUAUGUCCCGCGCUUAGCAGCGUAGACCAUGUCGAUGCCUAUGGUGGCGCCAAUGGUCGUUAUAGGUUGUGCCGCGACCCGAGGUGCACGGAACCAAUUUGUGACACACUCACCAAGGGUCCCUGGCGUCAACAUACGCUAUAUUUCCUUUCCUUUGUUGAAAUGGCUACUCGUGAGCGCGGAAUGCUGCCGUAUCAACCUUGUAGAGAGGUUGAAGCCUAUGUUUCCGCGAGAAUAAAACCAAGGCAUUCAUGGAACGUCUGGGGACCUGGUGGUACCUAUCGUGGCUGAUGGAUGUUGGUGAUCGGCGCCGAGCCUGUUCGCAGGAGAUCGACCAAAGUAAAUAAGACCGUGGACUAUAUCUACUGCUUAUGUGUUUCUUACACUUGAGGGAAGAGGGUGUCAAAAUAGAUACUUAUGUUCGCGACAUCUUUAUACCACAGUAUCUAAAGUAAUCGGCUGUGAUCGGGGGUACGACUUGAGGAUGCAGAGUAUCGGGUGAGUCGGGC